AUGGAUCGUCUAUUGAGGUUGGGUGGUGGUAUUCCUUUGGGACAAGGGUCGGCACCUGCUGCCGAUACUCCUGUUGUAGACACUGCUGAACAAGUAUAUGUGUCGUCGUUGGCCUUGUUAAAGAUGUUGAAACAUGGACGUGCUGGAGUUCCUAUGGAAGUUAUGGGCUUGAUGUUGGGUGAAUUUGUGGAUGAUUACACCGUACGUGUCAUUGAUGUAUUCGCCAUGCCUCAAACUGGAACCGGUGUAAGUGUUGAGGCUGUGGACCCAGUAUUCCAAGCAAAGAUGUUGGAUAUGUUGAAACAAACAGGCAGGCCAGAGAUGGUUGUAGGAUGGUAUCAUUCUCAUCCAGGGUUUGGCUGCUGGUUGUCUGGUGUAGAUAUUAAUACACAACAAAGUUUUGAAGCUCUCUCUGAAAGAGCUGUUGCUGUUGUAGUUGACCCAAUUCAAAGUGUCAAAGGAAAGGUAGUUAUUGAUGCCUUCCGUUUAAUCAAUCCCAAUAUGAUGGUGCUUGGCCAAGAGCCAAGACAAACUACUAGCAACUUAGGACAUUUACAAAAACCUUCAGUUCAAGCUCUAAUUCAUGGUCUUAAUCGUCAUUACUAUUCCAUUUCAAUCAACUACCGGAAAAACGAACUCGAACAAAAAAUGUUAUUGAAUUUACACAAGAAAUCAUGGAUGGAUGGAAUGGCACUUGAAGAUUAUGAGAAGCACUGUGAUACCAACCGAACUACAGUCAAAGAAAUGCUAGAAUUAGCUAAGAGUUACAAUAAAGCUUUGGAAGAUGAGGAUAAAAUGACACCAGAACAAUUGGCCAUUAAAAAUGUAGGCAAACAAGAUCCUAAGAGGCAUUUGGAAGAAAAAGUCGAUAAUUUAAUGUCCGGAAACAUUGUUCAGUGUUUGGGUUCUAUGUUGGAUACUGUAGUAUUUAAAUAA